AUGCGAUCAAUUGACGAAGAGAUUCUCCAGAUGGAGUCAAGCGCGCAGAAGCGCCGGAUCAGCCAUCAAAAGUUGGCCAUCAUUUUCCUCACGUUCCUUAGUACCGGUCUUCUGGCCUCAACUAUCUAUCUUGGCGUUAUUAACGAACGACAGCUACAGCAAUGCCGUAACUCGAUGUCUUCUGACGGACGGGCCUCUGUCGCAGCUAACAUCACGCUGCCUGAAGCACCACCCAUGGCCGCCAAGAGCACGGGGUUCAUCGGUGUGCCUGUCGUCACCAGGAGCUCGGCACCCUUUCCUGCUGCUAACAACAGCACGCAGGCCUCUCCAGAGGCCAAGAAGUGUGAGCCCGGCUCGAUCUGGGGUGGUGAGAUGCUGGACGGCCUGAACCACGGCUAUAUGCCGCUGAUGCAGAAGGCUCUCAGCGUCUCGCCCUCCGGAGUGAGUGGGGAGAUCCACGAUUACUAUCACACUGCUUUGGCCAGCGUUUUCCGAUGUGGGAAAUCAAUGAACAUGGGUGAGCUUCAGCUUGUUGUAGCUUGUAAGUCUGCUUAUGUCAUUGAUGGUGACCAGGUUGAUUGCGAUGGCCAUGGUGCCUACGGCAAUGCCACCUCAGCGUCUACUUGA